AUGGUUCUCGAUGACAUGAGUAGUAUCGACAAACAGCCAGAAGAGGACAGUUUGAGCGAAGACGACGAGGAGCAAGAUUCAAUUAGGCUGCUGGCAACCAAAUGUAACGACCUCUUUGACAGCAGUCUAGCACGAACUGCCGGCUCUGAUCGAGCACUUCCUCCCCUAGCUCUGCGCUUCUUCGGCGACUAUAAGCGACGUUUCCAAGGUUGGUGUUGGUUCAUGUGUGUCAUAACGGAGCACGAGAAUGAGUCUCUCGACUAUCGCCUGCGAAACGACGCCUGGUUACAUGAUGUGAUCAUGCGGUACCUUGACAUCCUCCUAGAUAAUUUACUAUUUGUGGACCGCUCCCAAUUACAGGGUAAUGACUACGACUCUUGCAAUAACGAAACCGAAUUACCGUCCGUUUUGCAAGUGGGGUUCACUGGAAUCAGGGAGUCUGUCGAUCGUCUCAACAAACUUGGUGUCAAUAGGAUGACUUCCUCGAGAUCUAUUUUCGUCGCAAGCGCAAGGAGAUUUGCUACUCAGCACCCCGACCUUGUUCGAUUGUCCGAUUUCGAGCUUCGAGCAUACAUUGCUGUCUACAAUCUCUACCCUAGUGCUCCUGAAAGCCUGCGACAGCAGCUCUCGGAUUCGAUGACAGACAGAUAUGCCAAACUUUGCUACGAAGCAAACAUAACAAGAAGGUUCCAACCACCUAGCUCUUCAAAGGUCGAGUCUCGGCAGCAACAGAACGACAAAGACGAUGUCCAACCUAACGAAUAA